AUUCUGUUAGAGUUGGAGUGAUACCUUAGUUGGUAAAGUAUUUGCAGAGUAAGCAUGAGGAUAUAGGUUUGAUCCCCAGCACGUAUGUAAAAAUGCUGGGCAUCCUGGCACAUACUUAUAAUAAUUUUAGUGCUGGGGACUAAAUCCUCUUGAGAGACAAGAGGAUCCUGGAGCUUACUGACCUACCAGCAUAGCCAAAUUGGUGAGCUGUCUCAGAAAACAAGGUAGACAGCCAUCUUGAGAAGAAACACAAGGGGUGGACUUCCAGCCUAGCCGUGAUUAGAAUGUCUCUUAAAACCAGCCUUCGUUAGUUGUUCCUCAGUACUGUGGCCAUUCUUUGCAUGUGGAUAUUCAUUGCUUUUAAGGAUUUGUUUUCUCAUCAAAAGUUAAUGAAUGGCAUAGAUUUAAAUAGCCAUGAAAUUUGUUGUAAAAGAAUCAAAGACAAACUAAAAAGUUAAGUUUAAAAAUUAUGGAGUGUACAUAAACAGACUUACAUGGAUUCUCAGUUAAGUCAGAAGGAAAAUUGACACUGAGAUUGGACUCAGAACAUCAGGGAGUAAUGCCUGAUGCAUAGUAAUGCCUGUGAGAGGAAGGAAGAGGAAGCUGGAGAGGACUUGGGGUGUCUGGUGGGGAGCCAUCAGACACAACUGUACACAGCUGGCAGUCUUCCAGUUCCCUGUGAAACCCUGAGCAAAGACUAUUCAUCAGAGGAGUCCUGCAUAGGUGGCAGCUUUAGACCUCUUACCAUCUUCUUUGAUUGUGUGGGUCUACCAUAUGUGGACAGUGUAACCUGGGGUCACAUGCUGAGGUGAACAUGAAGAAAUUGACUGCUAGCAGCCCCAGAUUAAAUGCAUUCUUUUCAAAUAAGCAAGAGCUCUUUCUUGAUGGAGACCUAAGCAAUACAUUUAUGCUAAAUCACAAUUCAGAUUUUGAAGAACAUACUUUGAAGCUUAUUUCAAGAAUGACUUCAUUGUGACAUUAAAAUAUGAAAAUAACUAAAUUGUUAAUUUAUAAUUGUAGAUUUAUAAAGUUCAAUGAGAUAUACCUUGAAGUUUAUGUUAUAGCAUUCUGUAUUGGUUUCUUGGAAGGCAGAAUUCUUCCAUUGGAUUGUGCCUGUACUUGACUGCUUGAUCUCAGUUCUCCGUCUCCAAGGAAAUGUACAUAGCAGGGGUGGUUUUGUUGUUUGUGGUGCUAGUAAUAGAAUCCAGGGUGCCACAGGUGCUGGGAACUUUGGACUUAGCCCUACAGUGACUGUUUUAUAAUCCGUUCUCUUAUUUAGCUACUCAGGCAGUCAGAAGUGUAAAUGAUCACUUUUGAAACUACUUGCAUCAUUUCUGAGUCAUGCAUGAGCUGACUCUUCAGAAGGUCUUAGUGCAAGAAUGCAGAUUAUUGGGGAUAAACACAGUCUGGCACAAUGCAGUCUCCUGUUUUUUAAUGUGCUAAAGGGUGAGGUUUUUAUUUACCUCAUUUUAUAUUGUAUCAAGUUUAUUGUUGGACUCAUUUUAUUUACCAAAUGUUAAAACCAUGUGAGUGGAAGUAUAUGUUUCUCAGGUGCUUCAGGCAUGCUUAUGCUGCCUUUAGAAUUGUUUUAUUUACUGUUUUGUCGAUCCAGUUUUGAGCAGCAUACAUUUCUUUCUGUGGCCACCAGGGUGCAUCAGUAGAAAGAGUAAGGAUGAGAAAUAUUACUUACGGUCACUUGGAGAAGACCCGAGGAAGGACGUUGCAGACAUCAGACAGCAGUUUCCAUCAUUAGGAGGAGAUAUUACAUUUCCAAUGUUCUUCAGAGAGGAGCAGUUCUUUUCCAGUGUUUUUCGAAUUAGUUCACCUGGAUUGCGGCUCUGGACUCACUAUGAUGUAAUGGAUAACUUUUUAAUACAAGUGACAGGAAAGAAGCGAAUUACACUGUUCAAUCCUCGGGAUGCACAAUAUUUAUAUUUAUCAGGUUCUAAAUCAGAAGUGCUGAAUAUUGACAGUCCAGACCUGGAUAAAUACCCACUCUUUCCUAAGGCAAGGAGGUAUGAGUGUUUCCUUGAAGCUGGUGAUGUCCUGUUCAUUCCUGCUUUAUGGUUCCAUAAUGUAGUUUCUGAAGAGUUUGGAGUGGGGGUGAAUGUCUUCUGGAAGCACCUUCCAUCGGAAUGCUAUGACACAACAGAUACCUAUGGCAACAAAGAUCCUGUAGCAGCAGCCAGAGCAGUGCAGAUCUUGGACAGAGCUUUGAAAACCCUGGCUGAAUUACCAGAGGAAUACAGGGACUUCUAUGCGCGCCAAAUGGUCUUACGCAUUCAAGACAAAGCCUACAGCAAGAACUGAGUAAAAAAGGAACUAAAUGGAAUAAAAAUUUAAAAAUAAAUGAAAAGCAGCUCAAGUAUUUGAAAACUGUAACAAGAUAUAAAAUUUAAAGAUGCUUUUUAAAAUAGGAAACAUAAGUCUGAGAUUUAUAGUGUAAAAGGAGAUGCAUAUCUGAUUUCUCCUUGGUAACUGAGGAUAUUUAGUAGGAGAGUUCUUUAGCUCUAAGAUGUAAAUAAGUAAAAUUUGGAGUUAAUAAAAAAUCUAUUAAACUAUACUACAUAAAGUCUA